AUGAAACGACGGUUAUCAAAUUCAUCUAACUCACCAAGUCCAUCAAAAAGCCCCAGUCCCAUUACAGAGUCUUGGUCACCUUUUUUCCAAAGACUAAUCAAAAUUUUUCAUGAAAUAAAUACACAUUUAACUUUUUUAUCAUCACAUUCAAAAAGUGUUAUACCAUCAAUACAAUUAAUUCAAAAAUUAAAUAAUUCAAUAACAGAAACUGAUUUAGCAGUUAUAAAAUUCCUAUUUCCUGAAGAUGAAAUAUUAUUUGAUUAUUUUGAUGAAAAUCAAGUAAUGGUUGCUUUAUUAGAAGAAGUUUCAACUGGUAAAAAGGGAUAUGAUCAAAAAUUAAUGGCUGAAAAAUAUGAUAUUGAUGAUGAUAAUGAAGAACCAAAAACAAGUAAACAAAUUCUUAUAUUUGAUUUUCAAGAUGUUAAAAUUCAUGGAAUUGGUAAAAUUGUUAAAGGUAGGAAAAAAUUAAGAAAACAAAGACACGUUGAAUAUGAUACAUCACGUCGUCAAAGCUUUUUUUUAAAUGAUACAAAAAGUCUUUUGGUUCCGAUUGAACAAGUGAACCUUACGAAAAUGAUUCAAGGUAGAGAUAGUAGAUUUAAAAAAUAUUUAGAUAGUUUUAUUAAAUUACAUGGAGAGGAUGCGGAGGAUAUAAUUGUGAAAAAAGCAUUACCAUUAAUACCAGAACCCCCAAAUCUUGAUGAUAUUGUUGAAAUAUUAGAAGGAAAAGAGAACACAAUUGAAGAAAAGAAUCUAAUAACUACCGAUGAUAUGAUUAACGCGUUAAAAAACUCAAGCUCAUACUCCGACCAAAUUUCAUCCAUCCAUCAACUAAAUUAUGAAUCACCUGCAAAAUAUCUAGAUCCACCUGAAUUUCAUCCUGAAUUAGAAGAACUCAUUUUCAACAAUGUUGAUUCAUUAUACACUCAUCAAUCAGAAGCAUUACAUUCUUUAUUAAAUGAUGGUGAUAAUUCUCAUGUAAUAGUUAGUACACUGACAGCAUCUGGAAAAUCUUUUAUUUAUCAAAUACCAGUAUUAAAUUCAAUAUUAUGGGAUAUUACAAAUGGAUUAAAAGGAAGAAAUACAACUGCAUUAUUUAUUUUCCCAACAAAGGCAUUAGCACAAGAUCAAAUACGACAUUUUCAAAAAUUUUUAAAUCAAUUACCAAGUAAUAGUAGACGACCGAUUAUUAUAAAUACUUAUGAUGGAGAUACACCAUUUGCAGAAAGGAAAAAAAUUCUGACUGAAUCUGAUAUUUUAUUUACAAAUCCAGAUACAAUUCAUGCUUCAAUAUUACCAAAUAAUAAAUUUGAUUCUUGGUUAGAUUUUACAAAAGCUUUGAAAUAUGUUGUUGUAGAUGAAUUACAUAUUUAUAAGGGAACUUUUGGAAUUAAUGUUGGAUAUGUAAUGGCAAGAUUACAAAGAAUAAAAAAUAAAUUUGAUACGAAAAUUAAGUUUAUAUCAUGUUCAGCUACCAUAGGAAAUCCCGUAAAUCAUUUUAGAACAAUUUGUUCAAUACCAAAAGAAGAUAAAGUAAUUCAUGUUUCAAAUGAUGGAAGUGCAAGAUGUGAAAAAAAAUUAAUAAUAUGGAAUCCACCUGUUUUAAUGAAUCAACGUGGUGAAAAAGGUCCCGCUGAUUCAAGUAGUAAUUUAAUUCCAAGAGUAGGGAUGAUGUAUGAACUGGCAAAAUUACUCCUUACUUUGUUAACUGAAUUAAAAGGUAUAAAAGUUAUCGUCUUUUGCCCCAUUAGAGUUGUUGUUGAAUCUGUAAUGAGAGAAGUUAGACACUUACUACAAAAUUCAUUUUCAAAAUCUGGAAUUAAUCAAAGUGAAAUAAUGGCUUAUAGAGGUGGAUAUAGUAAAUCUGAUCGUCGUAUUAUUGAAAAAAAAAUGUUUGGUGGUCAAUUAAGAGCAAUUGUUGCAACAAAUGCAUUAGAAUUAGGUAUUGAUUUAUCUGAUUUAGAUGUUGUUAUUACUUGUGGUUUCCCUAUGCUGAAAUCAAAUUUACAUCAACAAUUUGGUAGAGCUGGUAGAGGUAAAAAUGCAAAGGGAAGUCUUGCUAUAUAUGUUGUUGGUAAAUCACCAGUUGAUCAAUAUUAUUUAGAAAAUUCUGAAGAAUUAGUACAUAAUACCUAUGAAGAUUUAUGUGUUGAUGGAUUAAGAGAUAUGGAACAUGGACUGUUAUUAUUAGAAAGACAUUUACAAUGUGCUGCAUAUGAAGAUCCUAUACAUUUAGAAGAAGAUUAUCGAUGGUUUUCUCAUGGAAGAAGUUUUAAAGAAUUUGAAAAAAUAUUGAAUGAACAUUUAAUUAAAGAUGUUGGUGAUAGGUAUAUUACACAUACUAAAUAUAUGCCAAAACCUACUAAGUUGGUUCCCAUCAGAGCAAUUGAUGAUACAACUGUAGCAGUAGUUGAUAUUACAAAUGGUAGAAAUGUAAUUAUUGAAGAAGUAGAAUGGGCAAGAACUUUUUUCACUAUAUAUGAAGGUGGUAUCUUCCUCCAUCAAGGUCAAUCAUAUUUAGUUAAAGAAUUUAAUUUUGAUCAAAAAUAUGCAAAAGUUGAAAGAGUUAAUGUAGAUUGGACUACUUCACAAAGAGAUUAUACUGAUGUUGAUCCUGAAGAAGUUGAAUUAGUUAAACCAUUAGCUACUAAAGCUAUUGAUUUACCUGUAUUUUUUGGAGCUAUUAAAAUAGUUAAUCAUGUUUUUGGAUUUUUUAAAGUUAAUAGAAAAGAAGAAAUUUUAGAAGUUGUUGAAGUUGAUAAUCCUCCAAUUGUAUCAUUUGCAAAAGGUGUAUGGUUAAAUGUACCUAAAUUAGCUAUUGAUAUUAUAAAAUCUAAGAAGUUAUCAGCAGCUGGUGGAAUUCAUGCAGCAGAGCAUGCAAUAAUGAAUAUGUUACCAAUUUAUAUAAACACAUCAAAAGCUAACACGAACAUGGCAGAUUUUGAAAUGGGAACAGAAUGUAAAGCACCUCAAAAGGAAUUUAAAUCAACAGAAUCAACAAGAAAAAGACCUGCAAGAUUAAUAUUCUACGAUACAAAGGGAAAUAGAAGUGGAUCAGGUUAUUCCUACAAAACCUUUGAAUGUAUUGAUGAAUUAUUACAAACAACUUUUGAUAGAAUUAGAACAUGUCAAUGUAAUUGGGGUUGUCCAUUAUGUAUAAUUGGUAAUACAUGUCGUGAACAACUGAUUGUUAUGUCUAGACCAGCUUCACUUUUAGUUCUUGGAUCAUUUUUAGGUAUUGAUUUAAUUGAAUUAGCUAAUGAAUUACCAGAUGGUCCAGAACCUGGUAUUCCAGCAAUGCUUCAUAAUACAAUUGCAUAUGAUACAACAUCUGUUAGAUUUUCACCAAAUGUUAAAAUUUUAAAUUUAGCUUAA